CUGGCGAUCGUGAUUAAGGAAAGUCGCGAAAUUUUUAAUUUAUUUUAACGAAACGAACUAGUCUGACGAGACAAUUAAAUUUUUUUUUAACAAAUCGAAGUAUUUGGUCAAGUCUUAUUACAAUGAAACUUGUGUUAUUUUCGCUAGUAAUUAUUGGCUUUUGUGUUCUCAUCAGAACUGAUGAUUCUAAGCAUCCCGAUGACGAAAUUGUGUUUAAAAAAUUGGGAUCAUACCGCGUAUCAGGUUCAUUCAACGUCAAAAAGACCUAUUGGGUUCCUCGACAUUUCAAAGCCCAAUGGCAAUACGCACGACCCAUUUGCCAUGCGUAUGGUUUCGAUAUCGUUUCGCUGGAAACAUUAGAAGAAUACGAAGCUGUAGCUGAGAUGUGCGAAAAAGAGCGAGAUCUGUUCGGAAGCUUUGUACAUGUUGGUGGCGUAGCGAUAAGUAAAAGGUCCAAAACUGAUUGGUACUGGGUCAGCUCGAGGCAAACAGUUUCGUAUAAUAUGACCUGGCAGGAUGGCCAACCAGACAAUGACAACGAAUGGUGCUUGAGCUUGCAAAAGGACGGUCAAUUUAAGUUUAAUGACAUCAGUUGUUAUGGCAGUUGGGAGGAGAAAUUUAUUUGCCAGAAGAUCGAACGAAUUUAUGAAGAAUUAGAUAAGUAAAAUGUGAACAAAACCAAUAAACAAAAAUGUU